AUGGUGGAAGAUAAGUUGGCCGAUGAGAAGACCACUGAAACAAAGGAAAACACACCUGACCAGACAAAGGUAGUACCCAGGGCUUGCAAUUUUGCAAAAUAUAGGGACUUAAUAGCGUGCCUAGGCUUCACAGUUUUGUCAUUUGUGUUGCGUUUCCAAGGUAUUGACAAGAAUAAUUCAGUUGUUUGGGAUGAAGCACAUUUUGGAAAGUUCGGUUCCUACUAUAUAAGACAUGAAUUCUACCACGAUGUGCAUCCACCUUUAGGAAAGAUGUUAAUUGCCUUAAGUGAGUGGUUGGCAGGUUUUGAUGGUGAAUUUGAUUUUGAGUCAGGACACCAGUAUCCAGAUGGUGUGAAUUUUAAGUUUAUGCGUCAAUUUAACGCUACUUUUGGUGCACUAUGUACUCCCGUUGUCUUCUUUACUGCGAAGACAAUGAAUCUAAGCUGGCCUAUAGUAUAUUUGGUGACUUUAAUGGUGACUUUAGAGCACUCCUUUAUUGCAUUAUCUAAAUUUAUCCUAUUGGACUCUAUGUUAUUGUUUUUUACCGCUACCACGUUUGCGUGUAUGGUGAAACUAAUUCAGUUGCGUGGCUGUCAAUUGACUAGACAAUGGUUGUGGUGGUUAUUACUAACUGGUUUAUCCAUUGGUUGUGUGUGUUCAGUGAAGUGGGUGGGAUUAUUUAUUACAUUAGUCGUCGGCCUUUUUACGAUAAUAGAUUUAUUGGAGCAUUACUGGAACAAGAAAGAGAGCCGCAAGAUCUACUACAAGCACUGGAUCUUAAGAAUAAUCAAUCUCAUUAUAAUACCGUUCUUAGUUUAUCUGUUCUGUUUCAAGAUACACUUCCUACUAUUAUACAAAUCUGGUACUGGUGAUGCUUCAACUAAUUCACUAUUCCAGGUAAAUUUGGAAGGCACACAGAUACAGAAUAGUCCUAGAACGGUUAUGUAUGGUUCUGAAGUCACUAUUAGAUCACAUGGGUUGAGCCCAAAUCUGUUACAUUCGCAUGUCCAGUUAUACCCAGAUGGCUCCCGCCAAAGGCAGGUGACUGGGUAUGGUCACUCUGAUGGUAAUAAUAAUUGGAUGAUAAAAUUUGGCAGGACCACAGGUAGAUAUCUAGAUGAAGAUAACAAAAGGUUAAAUGGUGAACUUGUACCUGUAAGAGAUGGAGAUACUAUCAGAUUAUUUCACGUCAGAAUGGGUUGUAACUUACAUUCUCACACAAUCUCCUCCCAUGUUAGUAAGGGUAAUUAUGAAGUGUCAGGGUAUGGGUCUGAGGAGGUAGGAGACGAAAAGGAUGAUUGGAUAAUAGAGAUUAUGGAGCAACUUGAUUCGGCUAAUACUAACUUUGGUAAGGAGGACAAUGAAGUUUUACACCCUAUUUCGACAAUGUUUAGAUUGCGUCAUAAAGAUUUGGGGUGUUACCUAGCGUCUACAGGACUUUCAUACCCAACAUGGGGAUUCCACCAAGCUGAAAUUGUGUGUAAGUAUUCUUGGGGUAAGCGCGAUAAAUCAACUUGGUGGAACGUCGAAGAUCACUGGAAUGAUCAAUUAGUAGUGGAUGAGGAGUAUGUGCCACCUAAGUCAAAGUUUUGGACUGAUUUUAUUUUAAUAAAUUUUGCUAUGGCAUCCUCAAAUAAUGCGCUUGUGCCUGAUGAGGAUAAGUAUGAUUAUCUAGCAUCAAAAGCAUGGGAAUGGCCAAUCCUUCACAAGGGAUUGCGUUUAUGUGGGUGGUCGUCAGCAGGUGUUCGUUAUUAUUUACUAGGAUCUCCCUUUAAUACAUGGCUAUCUUCUAUAGCGUUACUGGUUAAUAUUUUGUUGGGUAUGGUAGUAGCAAUUAAGUGGCGGAGACAAUCCAUAGUGAUUAAUGAAGAAUCGUGUUGGAAACUAUUCACCUUAUUACUGUUCCCAUUUUUAGCUUGGUUGGCAAAUUUUAUGCCAUACGUUAUGAUGGGAAGAGUUACUUAUGUACAUCAUUACAUGCCUGCCUUGUACUUUGCGAUUAUUGCCUUUGGAAGCAUAACGGAAUAUCUGCUAGCUGAUUAUUGUACAGUGAAGGCAUUUCUUGCAUUUUUAUCUAUGGUUGGAUGCACAUAUAUUUAUUGGUAUUUCGCUCCUAUAUGUCAAGGCCUACAUGGUAUUGGUAGCCAUUACUUUUAUCUACAGUGGUUACCUGGUUGGGAUAUAGCCGUUUAA